GAUCAUGGCGGUACCUUUACCAGCUGUUGCAGAACGUAUGAAUAAUCCGAAAAAUCCGGUAGUAUUUUUUGAUGUUACUGUUGGUGGACAGGAAAUUGGUCGAAUGCAGUUUGAAUUAUUUCAAGAUAUUGUUCCGAAGACUGUAGAGAAUUUCAGACAGUUUUGUACUGGUGAAUAUCGUAAAGACGGUGUACCAACUGGCUACAAAGGAACAUCUUUCCAUAGAAUUAUUAAAGAUUUUAUGGUACAAGGUGGUGAUUUUAUCAAUGGGGAUGGAACUGGAUCAUUUAGUAUUUAUGGUGGUGUACAAUUUGCAGAUGAAAAUUUCCAUUUGAAACAUUGUACAUGUGGAAUGUUAUCUAUGGCUAACAGUGGUCGAGAUACAAAUGGUUGCCAGUUCUUCAUCACAUGUGCACCUUGUGAUUUUCUUGACGGGAAACAUGUUGUUUUUGGUCGAAUUGUUGAUGGAAUGUUAGUAUUGAAAAAAAUUGAAAAUGUUCCAACUGGUGCUAAUAAUCGUCCUAAAGUUCCUGUGCUUAUCUCUCAAUGCGGUGAAAUGUAAACUAAAACUUUGUACAUUUAUUGUAUUUACUUGAAAUUAAUGUUCAUUCAUUCAUUCAUUCCUCUCAGUGUAUAUUAUUCAAUACAAUAUUUGGUGUAAAUGAAUAUACAUUAGAAAAAAAAACUGUUUAGUUGUCAA